GGUCAAAAUUAUACUUCUGCUGUUACUCUUCACAAACUGGGUGAAUUCUUCUGAGUGGCAGGAACAGCUAUCUCUCAUACUAUCCUUGCAUUUGUUUUGUUUGUGCUGUAAGACAUUGCCAGAUUAUGGAAAUGCAGCUCUGAAUAGAAAAUAGAGGACUUUGUCGAAGUACCAAAGUUAAUUUUAUAAACUGAGACCCUGCAUUGUAAAGAGACAUGGAGGCUGUUUUAGGACUGUUGGUGAUCUCAGCAGGAGUGUCUCAUGGCUUGGAGUCUUCCUGUGAUGCUAGACAGAAUGGAUCUCAGUGUUAUGGAGCUCUGGGGGGAACUGUCUAUCUCCAGCUGGCUGAUACCACGGCAUAUAAUCACUACUCAUUUCAUAAAUGCUCAACUGGUGCUCAAACAAAGAUACUGAAAACAAAGGUCACACUGUCUUCAAUUAGUGCGUCUUUUAUUACCAGAGUACACUUCUUCAUAAACAAUAGGACAUUGAGGUUAAAUAACACACAAAGGAAUGAUUCUGGUGAAUACCUGCUCCAAACAUAUGAUUCAGAUGGGAAAUCAUCAGGGAGCAGAGGACUACAACUGUUCAUCGAAGCUCCAGUGUCCAGUCCUCAGCUGUCCUCUGAGUGUCUGUCUCAUGGAGAGAUGAGGGUGUCCUGCUCCUCUGAGGGGGAUGGUCCCCAGUACAGCUGGACUCUGGAUGGACAGACGCUGAGAGACACUGAUGCCCCUCCUGAUAAUAAGACAAACACCGUCACUCUGAAGAAAGGCCUGUCAGGAAAUCUCACCUGUACCGUCAGAAACAACAUCAACCGUAAUACUGUCAGCAGAAUAAUCUCACACUGUUCAGGGCUGAUGUAUGUUAACUGCACCUUAUCCAACGGGACAAAGAUAUCAGAGUGGGUGAAUGCCACUGGUAAUAGCCUGUGUGUUGAGUCUACAACAGUGACGACUGAGUCUCCCACCAGUAAAACCUUCACUGGUAAGGGCCUGGGGCAUGACACCCUAAUGACCUCCAGACCCAGCAAUCACACCCAGGGCUUGACUAACAGCACUUGUACUAACACCACUCAGACCCUUUGGAUUUUUACCAAAAAGUACAUACGGAUGGCAGCAGGGUCUCUGGCAGGAGUGGUCCUUGUCUUAUUGAUAGUGUUGGCAGUUUACUGUGUCCAGAAGAAAAAUAAACCUCCUUCAAAGGCUCAAGUUAAGAGUGACAGCCAGGAUGUGGAAUACGCUGAUGUCAGGAUACUGAGGCAGGAAAUGAGACAGAAGGAGAGGGAGGCACCGGUGAAGGUGGAAUAUGGGCAAGUGAACGAAGCGUGUGGUCCCCAGCAGCCGGUGGAGGUGGAGUAUGGACAGAUUACAAUAUUAGAGGGUCCCAGGAGGAAGGUAGACAUGCAUGAGGAGGAGUAUUGUAUGUAUGCCAGUGUACGGAAAGGACAGUGAGCAAAGGAACUGUCUAGAUAGAAUAUGGUAGAAUAGAAGGAGCCUGAGAGUUGAAUAACUGGUGCUUCGCUCAAAUCUCUCCGUUCUCUUGAAGUGUUCACUUGUAGUCAUGGAUUUGAAAAGGAUGCCGAAACAAAUUCUACACCAAUCCAAUGCUUUGACAUAUAUGUGGAGAGUAGGGAACAAGUGUACGCUUCAGGGAAAAUAGAGAUGAUUGGGAAUCAACCCCUGAGAGGCCCAGAGUUGACACAGAUGACAGACAUGUUGAAUCAUGUUGUCUUAGUUGCAGUUACAGCUGUGUGUUGCAUGUUGAUGCGUGUCAGUACAUAGUAUCUGUUUCCAGGAAGUGGAGACAUUACUUCUGUUUUUCUUGCCCACAUUUCUUUCUUUCCAAACUUUUUUUACACUUGGUUGUGUUGCGGUCACUUCUUGCUUUCAGAUGUGUGAUAUGUCACAACAUAUUUACUGUUUUUGCUGUGUAAAUACAUCAUUCUUGAAUUAUUCUCUAACAUUCAAUAAUGUUUAAAGAAUUACUGAGAGGUUUGUAAUAAUUGCAUAACAGGAAUUCAUCAGCUAUCAUAGGCUACUUACUCAUUUCCAAUGCCUUACGUCAGUUCUUUAAAGCACGUAGUCCAUCUCCCUAAAUGGAUCCAUCUAUAUAUAUGAUGUGUAGGUACUGUGUGCUGUAUAAAGGUAUAAUGUACUAUCUUAGAUAUGAUCACAAAUGUAUGUACAUACAGUAAAUAUGUGGAUGCCAUGGUGCUAGUCCUCAUAGACAACCAACAAAUAAGAGUAUAUUUUAUUUUUUAACAAAUAUUAUUUAUUUUUGAGCUUUUGCAAUCACAUGUUAAUGUUGUACAAUUUUUUCUUCUUCAGAAAUACAGUACAUGGCAAUAUCUUUUCACACCAUCAACAUAUUUGUUUCCACAUCUUUAGUUUCGUAGUUUAUAAAGUUGCUAAUGCAUUUCCUGUUUGAAUCACAUGAUUUCCAGUCUAAAAUCCCCUCAGCCAGAGGUAAUCAACAGACUGAGUGGCUGAAAAUAUUAUACAGUGGGUUUUUUGGAGACAUAACCAAGUAUGGUGAUCUCCCCAUAUGUACUCUAACUAAAUAAUUAUGCUGCAUAUCAAAAUAAGAAUAGAACACAUUGCGAAGAGGAUGUUGAGAAAUUAAGAUUCUGAUGUUUCUAACAGUGUUGACAACAUAAUUUCUCAUGCUUCAUUGUUGAUGCCAUUGUGUGAUGAAAAAAUUGCGAUUUGAUAAUAAAAGCUUGUUUUUUAAAAGCAAGCAACUGUU